UUGCUUCUUCAUCACAGCCACUGAUGACAUAAACCAUCUCACUCAUUCUCUGUAGAAGUGUAGCCAGGUAGCUGCAGCUAGCUAUCUAGAUAGACAUAAACACAUCUCACUCAUUCUCUGUAGAAGUGUAGGAGAGGCCAUGGAUACCACCAGCAAGAAAGCCUAUGGGGUUGCCAUCAUCAUACAGCUCAUAUACACCGGCAUGUACGUUGUCUCCAAGGCGGCAUUCAACCAUGGCAUGAGCACCUAUGUCUUCAUCUUCUACCGCCAGGCGGCGGCCACUGCUCUAUUGCUGCCCCUAGCCAUUGUUCUUGAAAGGAGGAAUGCACCACCCAUGUCAUUCAGGUUGUUUCUGAAGCUGUUCUUCUAUGCAUUGCUUGGCAACACAUUGAGCAUGAAUCUGUACAACAUAAGCCUCAAGUACACCUCUGCAACCGUGGCAUCGGCAACAAGCAACUCUGUCCCUGUGGUCACCUUCUUUCUGGCAGUCCUGUUAAGGCUGGAAGUGGUUCGGCUGAGAAGCCCGUCAGGCAUGGCGAAGGCGGCGGGCGUGGCGCUGUGCCUGGCCGGGGUCCUGACCAUCGCCCUGUACACUGGUCCCUCGAUGAGCCCGGUGAACCACCACCGCGCCUUCGCCGAGCACCAUCCUCAAGCUCAUGCCGAUGGCGGCGGCGGCAAGGGGACAUGGAUCAAGGGCACGUUCCUGAUGCUGCUGUCCAACACGACGUGGUCCCUCUGGAUCGUCCUCCAGGCGUCGCUGCUCAAGGAGUACCCCAACAAGCUGCUGUCCACGCUGGUGCAGUGCGCGCUCAGCACCGCCCAGUCCUUCCUCCUCGCCGUCGCCGUCGAGCGUGACCCCGCCGCCUGGAAGCUCCAGCUCGACGUCGGCCUCCUCGCCGUCGCCUACUCCGGUCUUGUGGUGACGGGCGUGUCGUUCUACCUUCAGGCGUGGUGCAUCGAGAAGCGUGGGCCGGUGUUCCUGGCCAUGUCCAACCCGCUGGGCCUCCUGCUCACCAUCUUCUGCUCCUCCUUCUUCCUCGGCGAGAUCGUGCGCCUGGGAAGCCUCCUCGGCAGCGGCCUCCUCGUCGGAGGCCUCUACAGCGUCCUCUGGGGCAAGAGCAAGGACCACCUCCAACAGAAGCAGAGUCAGGAGCAGGCACCCAAAACUCUGGCCACCACCAGCAACGACGACGAUGAGGAGAAGCAGCAGCCGCCGGCGGCGGUGCAGAAGCAGAACACGGCUGGCGCCGGCGACGAGAAGCAGCUCAAGGACUUGUUUGCAAUGGAGGCAUCACCACUGCAUCAUCAGUCCAGAUGAGCAAAUCGAUCGUCUACUGAGCUGUUGAGAUAUAAUUGUAGCAGCUAAUUAGCCCAAGGGCCGAGCACCCAGGCCCAGCUGAGAUCUAUAGAUGCGGUGUCUCCCUUGGCCCAACUUGUUUCCAAUCCAAUGAGCGAAGAGGAGAUCGAGUGGAUUGUUCUUCUUUAUCUAAUUAACUCCAUGUUUCGCAACAAAAACCUCCAUCAUCUCUUGCAGGUGCUCCCAACAUCCUUCUUUGGCACUAGUUGCAAAUGAAACACCUAUCUACUUCUAGUUCUAGUUA